UCUCUAUAUAUUUUCUUAUCUCCAUUGUCCACACGCCUCUAUUCGGUGCCCUAUAUAUGCAUAGUCUUCUCCGUUGUUCUCAAAUUCGUAUAAUAUUUCGUUGAUUUUGCGAUGUCGAGUUGCUGUUCGCAGUCUGGAACUAACGGCCACAACUCCUUCACGUGCGGCGGCGAGUCUUUGCCGGACGCCGACGUGAGUGGGGGCGGUGAGAUCAUGUUGUUUGGUGUGAGGGUGAAGGUGGACCCCAUGAGGAAGAGUGUGAGUUUGAACAAUCUGUCUCAGUACGAGCUGCCCAAUGAUAGCAACAGCGGAAAUAACAAUGAGUCCUCUAAAGUGGUUGAUGAGAGCUACGCCUCUGCCGACGACGCUGUUGCUAACCACUCCGGCAUCGGCCGUGAACGUAAGCGAGGAGUUCCGUGGACGGAGGAAGAGCACAAGCUAUUCCUUUUGGGAUUGCAGAAAGUGGGAAAAGGAGACUGGAGAGGAAUCUCUAGAAAUUUCGUCAAGACUCGCACACCCACACAGGUUGCAAGCCAUGCUCAGAAAUACUUCCUCCGGCGAACUAACCUCAAUCGCCGUCGCCGCCGUUCUAGCCUCUUUGAUAUCACCACUGACUCGGUAUCUGUAUUGCCAACAGAAGAAAACAAAAAUCUGCAAGAACACCCUAUUCCACCAGCUCUGGCACCAACAUCAUUGCCUUUUGUAGAAACUUCCAAAAUCAAUGCAUUUCAUGUGACAUCUUUGCCAGUAAAUUUUGGGAAGCCAAUAGAAACUCCAAUCCUUGGGCAAGGAGAUCAAAGCUAUAACGGUUCAUCUUUAUUCAUCCGGUCGGUGCCUGUUGUUCCACUGUCAAAUUCAUCAAGAAUAAGUGACUUUAACUUGAAUCAGAGCUCAACAAUGGAUGCAUCUUCCUUGUCGUUGACAUUGUCCUUGUCACUAGAUCAAAGCCACCCAUCACCAUCAUCAUCUACUAGGCACUCAGGAUUUCAAGUGAUGUCAAAUUUUAGUAAUGGAGAGAGCAUUAUCAGUGUGGCAUGACACACAAGAAUCUUUAUUAUAUUAAAAUAAUAACUAAAAGCUAGAAAAAAAAGAAGAAGUAAAAACAUAGAAAAAUGCAAAUGGGAGAGAUGGGUACUUAUAAUUAUAUUAAUUAUUGUAAGGAGAGAUGAGGUACUUAGUGGACUUUGAUGUAUGGUCCUUUUGUUUUUGUACAUGCCUUACUGUACCUGUUGUAUGCCUUUACUCAUAUUAUUAUGUUAGUGUCUUCUUUA